UGGAUUUCUGUACAGUGACAAAUACAUGUAGCUUGUUUCCCCUUUAUAGCCACGUCUCUGCCUGACCGUUAACUUCAUUGUUUUGAGAACUUGCCAACAGGACAAUUUAAACCAGAUUGGAAUCCAGUACAGUGGCACUAGCUAGCUUUCUCUGCACAAUCACGUACCUACACGGCUGCUGAUGACAUAAACUUAAGAUUGAGUAUGUAACACACCUGUAGACGCAGACAGAUAGCUACGAUCGACAGUCAGGAUGAGUAUAGAACAACCCAGAGUUAACAUCAGUGAGCCUAGGUAUGACCAGAACACGUAUGGAGGACGAGCUAGGCAUUUCUUCAUCACCACCAACCCCCUUAACCUACUGGCCACCAACCAACAGCUGGAGCACGCUAAGUCCAUUGUAGUCCGGUACAGAAAUGGUGAACGCAUUAACGGCCUUACAGAGAAUGAUCUUUGGCGAGCCAAGCACCUAUACGACUCAGCAUUCCACCCGGUGACAAACGAGAAGAUGGUUCUGUUCGGCCGUAUGUCUUCACAGGUCCCUAUGAACAUGUCCAUAACGGGAUGUAUGCUAGCAUUUCACAAAACGACUCCAGCAAUCAUAUUUUGGCAGUGGAUGAACCAAUCCUACAAUUCCGUAGUAAAUUAUAGCAACAAGGCCGGAAGUAACGUCUCCGACAGACAGCUGGCCAUGUCCUAUGUACUGGGUACCAGCGGCGCCGUAGGCACGGCUCUGUGGAUUAAAAGUCUAGUGAAGAACCUGGGUCCUAUGGUGGCCAGAUUCGUACCCUUUGCCGCUGUAGCCGCCGCCAACUGUAUCAACAUUCCGUGUAUGAGGAGCAGGGAACUGAUGGAAGGGAUCGCCUUAAUGGAUCAGGACAGGAAUGACCUAGAUCUGACAUCAAAGACGGCUGCCAGAAAGGCCAUAGGCAUGGUGGUGGUCUCUAGGAUACUCAUAGCUACGCCUGUUAUGGUUAUACCUCCCCUCGUUAUGAAUCAGCUGGACAAAAAGGCCCUGAUGAAGAGAGCUCCCUGGUUGAAUGCCCCUAUUCAAGUGAUGUUGGUUGGUUUUAUUUUGGCCUUCGCUACCCCUCUAUGCUGCGCACUUUUUCCACAGAAAAGUUCUAUGGACGUCAGCAGCUUAGAGGCAGAAGUCCGUAAGAAGUUAGAAGCACUCCCGAACCCACCAAAGACGGUUUACUUCAACAAAGGAUUAUAAAAAAGGCCUCGCAGAAUUCUAUAGACUGUUGAAGACGACAGCUGACCAAAUAAAACAUAGAAGAGAACAAGACAAUGAUAUCACUCACUGGUGUUUGGAGAGCAUGUGGAAGAACAAAGGAUGCUUUUUAUAUGUGUGGAGUUAAAUCUCGAAAAUACGAAAAUAAGAGUAUCCUGUCAGACAUUCAUAAAGAAUAAACCAUCCUUAAUAUAUAUAUAUAUAUAUAUAUAUAUAUAUAUCUAUAUAUAUAUAAUUUAUAUGAUAAAAGUGAAAAUAUUGACAAACGCUUAUUUUCAGCGAAGUGACAUUACUUUUCUCGAUAAAAGGAAGCAAUAUUUUUAUUCAACUUAACUUUACAUGAGAAAUACAAUUAUCCAACAGUUCAUGUAUAAUAACGUUCGGCCGGGAAGUGGAUGGAUAACACGAGCAAUAUCUGCACAUUGUGCAGCAGAAAUCGGUAGUUACUGCAGUGUUAAAAAAUCCGAAACCUUAACUUUUUAAAACCCAAGACAGAUAUAUCGCAAACUAGGAACAGUUUGAACUGUUGUUUUCAACAAAAAAAAAUGUUAUAAAAUAAUUGUAUUUGUUGAUAAUGCUUUAAUAACAUAUUGUUUAUGAAUCUCAUUCUCUUUGUAAUCUGUUAUCAAUUAUUUCUCUGUUUUGCUUCAAGUGUAUAUCUGGUUGGUCAUGUGAAUAAACGUGAUCAAGAAACUGAACUAGGGUAGUGGAGUGUUAAGUUAUAUUUUAGCAUGUAUCGAGUACCUUAUUUGUCAGUGAGAUUAAGUAAGAGACGAUAUCUCUCUGUGUUGGGUGUUACAUAUAUCACCCUAAAAUAACGUGAUGGUAGCUGUAUACUAAACUAUCACCAAGUCUCUAAAUAACUACUAUAUAUAUAAUUGGUGAUUUGUGCCAUAAUAACAUAUGUUCAAAGGAUUUGCGUCACGAAAUAAAAAAAAAUUGAAACAAUCCAUAGGAAUAGUUUGGUAUAUUUUAAUGUGUGUCGUGUGUAAUAAAACCUCUCAUUA